GGGAAAUGUAGUCUCUUCCGGCCCGGCGCGGUUGCCCGGGCAACGGUACGGGGGCCGGAGGGCCUGGCCGGAGUGCGGCGCCGGAUUCCACCGAUAAACCGGCGUGGAAAAUGGCUUGCACGAGGAAAGUCAGCCAGCCGGCUCGCAGCAUUUUUAGUGAUCUCAGUGACAUCUCCUUGGACGAUUCAAAGAUGGAAGUCACCAGAAACUUGAAAGUCAGUAGAAGUCAUACCCAAGCAGCACCUGGUCAAAGCAGAUUUCUAAAAAGAAACCAAACUACAGGUGAGACACACUUAGACCUGAAAGAAAGUGCUGUCCUGGGCAGUGGGACCCAGAUGGCCCUGGGGAGACCCCUGGCCACUGCCUCGAAGAUCAGAGCCAGUGCCGCACUCAUGAAGCUGGCUCAGAUAGAGACCAAGAUCAGGAGCCGGCAGAGAGCGCGCACAAGUUUGUCUGACCCGGAGUCCGACUCGAAGCCCUCUGAGGACAGUCUUCCAGGGACAGUGGACAGAGCCACUCCAAGAGCUGCCUCUGGCCCCUCCUCCCUGCACGCCCACAGAACUUCCCAGAAACAGGCCCGUGAGUCCCCCAUCCCAAGGAGCAGUGUGCAGCCUGGGCAGGUCAGCAGGUUUCUGAAGAGAGCGCCACGCUUGGAAAAUGCAGCCCCAGAGGCCCGCGCGGGGACAGAGAGGGAUCUUCAAACGCCCAGACCAAAGGAACCUGCUCCAAAAUUUGAUUCCCCAGACAGCGAUGAGGAGGAAAUGAAAGAAUUGCUGGGAAGCUUGAUGGAAUCUUCUAGAGAAAAAGAAACAAGUAUGAAUCAGAAGUUCACUAAAGUCCUUGAGAAAGAACGUGUAAGACCAUUCACGGACCAGAUCCCUGCCGCGCCCCGAGCCCCUUCUCUGCCCAGUGCCGAGCCUCCCAGCUCCAGGCCGCCUCAGACCCCGCGGCCGCCCCCCACAAGGCCAGCCCACCGUGCCCUGCGCAGUCGGUCAAGAGCCUGCUCCUCGCAGACUUCGGUGUCUCGGGACGCAGCCUCCCGCGCAUCCUCGAUUUCCAUCCCUGACACCGUUUCGCGAUCAGAGUCUUCAAAGAUGGGGCGCAUCCAGCUCGCGUCUUCCCUUGGAGGGAGCGAGCCGGGGCCUGUGAAUGCCCCGGCCUCGGAAGCCGCAGAUGACAGCCUGAACGAUUUUAGAAUCAAUAUUUUAUCCCUUGAUGAUCUGACUCCAGCCGUCAGUGAGAAAUCAGACUUGGAACAAAAAGAAGGAGCUGCUCGGAGGCCGACGGGCAGGAGCUGUCCAGACGAGGCUCCCGCUGGACUGGAGGUGCCAACGAGGGCCCCGCCCAGGAGCUCGGCGUUUCAGGGAAAGGCCACCUCUGCGGUUGGGGACGAGGGCCUUCCCACCGAAAGCGAGGUCUCAGAGCAUCUGAGUGCCAGCUGGGCCUCCGCCGCCCAGCGGGACAGCGUGUCUGGCGUGCAGUCACCGCCUGCGACUCCCCUGGAGAGCAGCGUGGGCUCGGAUUAUUCUGAAGAUUUCGAAAGCCUGCCAAGUCCCGUGGCCUCUGAGCCCGCGGCUCCCUCCCAGGCAGCUCUCGAGCGAGCGCUGGCCACUGUGUCGGAAGGCUCCUCGAGUCUGAGGACGUGCCUCCAGAGAGCACCCCAGGCCAGGGGGCAGUGGGGCAGGGGUGCGGCCAGAGUCACCGUGAAGGAAGCAGCCGUGCAGACCCUGGAUCCUGCCUUCACCUACCAGUGGGCCGCGGCAGCCGGUAUGGCGGCCAUGGGCCCUGCCCUGGGAGGUACCUACGUGGACCCGGCACCCAUUGCCAGUCACGUCAUCAGUGCAGAUGCCAUCGAAGUCCUGACAGCCUACAGCCCUGCUGUGCUGGCGCUGAACGACAUGCUGAGGCAGCAGCUGAGCCUGACGCAGCAGUUCAUCGAGGCCAGCCGCUACCUGCACGGCUCCCUCCUGCAGUCCAUGGAAAGGGACGCGUUCCACUACCACACCCUGGAGGAAGCCAAGGAGUACAUUAGGAGCCACAGGCCCACACCGCUGACCAUGGAGGAUGCCCUGCAGGAGGCGAAGGAGGGGCUGUACACACCAGGCGAGGCUUGAUUUGGGAACAGGUGUGCAUCAGUUUCCAGGUGACAUUCCCUGGUGGGGGAAGGUGACGCUGGGAAAAGGCUCGGGAUUCACCAGAAACUGAGGUGAGUGACUGAACUCUCCCAGAGCCCACCUGCUCAGCAGGCUGCUGAGGAAACUGCCCCGCAGCACCAGGACAUGACAGGCCAGUGGGAAGGCGGCCCCGGCCAGGUGCUGGCUUCCCGGUGAGCGCAAGGGACACGGCAGACGAGGAGCUCCUGUUCAGUAACCAGGACACCAGACCAGAUCGUCACGUGAACAACUCCAUGCAAGAUGCCCGGGCAGAGCUGCCCAGCCCCAGCUCCACGGAGCCUCAUCAGGACGCACCUCCUGGCCCGACUCGCCUUCCCACCGACAUUUGGAGGAAACGGUCUUUAGAAAAAGGCUUUAUUUGAAGGCAAAACAGUAAAAUUCACAAGAAAUUGUUAACAGCACGAGUUUGUUUUAUCCAGAAUCAGACACAUUUGAACGAGUCACAGCUACAGGAAAUCUAGAACAAAAUCAAAUAUUUACCACAUGGGGUUGAAAAGUUGUGGGGAGGACUCUGCGUCUUACUGAAAAGAAUUUUUCAAAAGUGUUUCUUUACAAAUAAAUGGCACCGCACCCAGCUGCCAACUGACCCCAGGUGUGGCCGAUCCAGGCGGCUUCUGGCAGAGGUGACACUCCUGGCCUCACCUCCCUUUGGGGCUGGGCUGGGGGUUCGCAAAUGAAAUGGCAGAGCAGGAGGUGCCAGCUGGGCAGUGGCACCCCACACUCAAUUGAAAUGGGCCGUUGCACCAAGUGCUGGUGUUGGGUUCCCCGAGUGAAGACCAAGCAGAGGGGCUCAGUGCAGACCCCCACAGGGCGGCUCUGACCGUGGGUGCCCCACAGCGUCUGCCCGACAGCGUUUGCCAGAACUUUUUUCUCCAGAUAAUGGCAAAUGGCUAACAUUCAAGGAAGAAAAACCAACGUACACAACUAAAAAACUGAACUAGGGCCAGUACACCUCAGAGGAGCGGGUUUAAAAUGACCUUCCUGGGGGCAUCUCGGGUGGAUAUUUUCUCUAACCUAAACCAUUCGGAGUCAAAACAAAAACCCUGGUGGACUCUGCAAAUCGAGGUCCUGCUUCUCCUGUUUUGAGCUGUGAGUGGUGGGCGCUGCCCAGCUGCCCCUGUGGGCGGAAGAGGCGCCACGUCCACUCCUUCAGGCGUGAAGAGCUCUCAUUUGGGGACAGGAGGGUCUUGGGUUUCUUGCUUCGCUGUAAAGGGACACGUGCUUGCGGCCGGGUGCUGUGGCACCUCCUCCUGGUGUGCAGGCGGCGCCCGAGCCCUUCCCAUGCCAGCGCGUGGCGCUCCUCACUAGGCGCGGGUUAGUCUUCCUUCUCUUCCUUGCGUGCCCCAAACGUGGAGACUGCGUGAGAACCGAGCUGUCACUAUGAUCUUCCACUGCCACUAAGCAGGAAGUCCUGACAGCCAGCGCCGCCAGCACCGCGCAGCUCCCAGCCCCGGGCGCCUACUUACACUCGUCCCUGGCCUUCAUGCGGGCGAUGAAGGAGUAGCUCUUGUUCCGGCGGUAGUUCUCGUAGGGGUCGUCCAGGGCCACGCCCACUCCCUUGUACUGGUCCCACUUAUCCCGGACGUCCCCGCCCUUGAUGGGGUCCUGGAUCCCCUGCUCUUUCACACCAAGGCCACCAGAGCCACUCCAGCCUGGAGAGAGGGAUGCAUGGUCAGAGCCCAGGCAGGAGGCUGGGCUGCUACGUGCGUCCUGCCGGGAAGCCGAGCAACACAGAAAAGCAGGUGGCCUCCACACGCCGCGGAGCUGGUGCAGAACACCCCGCACACACCCACUGGCGGUGAGCCACAACCUUCUCUGUCCCCUCCCUCCCCACAAGGAGGACAAGGAAACACUGUCACUGUGGAGGUCUCCAAGUGGGUUAGGGCUGGGGUCUGAGGACACUCACCCAUCUUCACCAGCAUCUGAUGACCCUUGUUCUCUUCUCCGAGUCUUGAGUCAGGUAUCGGAGGCGCUGAGUUAGAACCCAGACCAGCCGAAGAACUAAAAUCAAGACAGGUUACGUUUUUCAAAAAGUAGACACAUUUAUUGGAACGACGAUCUUCAGAAUACACAGCUUGUCACUCGGGUAACUGCUAGCCAUCACAGGGGGGACACGCACACUUUCCGUGUCUCUACUGCUCUUCAUCCUCUUUGUUGCCUGAUAAAGGGGUCCCCUCAGAUGAUGACCCUGUCCCUGCUUAGCAUCAAGGGCACGAGGUCACAUGGAGCCUCUAAGUGGCUAGAAACAGAGCCCACCUGCUGCGCAAGCUUCUUAAGCGUGUGGCUUGGCGUGGGCCGAGGAGAGGUGCCGCUGCCACGGGCUCAGCACCUGGGACGUGUCUGUCUCCUAAGGACCACUGCUCACACCCUGCCAGCUCACCGGAGGCCCAGGGAGGACAGGACUCUUACGGCGGGGUGGGGCUCCUGGAUCUGGACCGGCGCCUCCUUCCCGGGGAGUAGGACUUAGACCUGGACCGGGACCGGGACCUCGAGCGGCUUCGUGAGGAGCGAGACCUGCUCCGGCUCCUGCAGAGGACGAAACCCUGGUCAGCACUGCGGGGACUGGGGUGGGCGCCCAAGUGUGCCCGCAGGAGGGGCUGGCGCUGGCAGCCGCCGCGGUCUACCUGGAUCUGGAGCGCGAGUAGGAGCGCGAGCAGGAGCGCGACCGCGACCUGGAGUAGGAGCCCGACGACUUGGAGGACCUCGAGUUGGAGCGUGAAGAGGAGCGCCCUCGGCUCUUGGAUCUGCUUCGCGACCUGGAGGGGCCGCUGUGGGGACAGGUCUGAUGAGGGGACCCAGCAAGUGUGUUCCCUAAUGCUGCAGCCGACCACGGGCGACCAGGUCCCCAGCCGAGGCCCGGAGGCGCACGACAGGCAGGCAGACCGACCAGCGGCCGCCUGGGCUCUUACCUGUUCCUCUUUUCCUGGCCUUUCCGCCGCCGCGCCCGCAUUUUUGCUCGGAAGAACUCGUAGAGGCCGUUCUGCUCCCAGCCUUCGCUGUAAGACAGGGUGUUGUGUGACCGCGCCCCCCGCAGCGAACUCAGGCAAAUGUCACAGAACGAUCCCCCCCAGGAGCCCUGGAGAGGACGCAGCCUAGCCACCCCACCCCAAGACACUCCCGGACAUGCCAACAGGGCUGCCCUUCCCCCACCCGGCUUGGCCUGAGCCUGGCUGGACCCAGCCCGGGUCUUCCCGCUGCCCUCAGGUGGAGGUUCAGGGCCUGUGGCUGCCCACCCGGCAAGAAGUGACGCCUGAGGUGACUUCCCCCUAAGGCAUGGAUUUGAGCAGCCUUUUGUGGAGGGCCAUCACGUCUGCCACGCCUGUGACACCCAGUGUUUCCUCAGAGACCGCCACACGCACUGGGAUGGCAUGUGUGGGGCCCGGGCUUCAUCCCAACAAUAAAAAAAAAGGCUGCCACAUUCUCUUACCUGAGAAGACCUGGCUAUCAAACGUUCAGGGGAAGACAGGCCAGGGCAAGGACAAGGCUGCCCUGUCUCAGGGCCCCCCAGCACCGGCCCCACUGCCCCUCUGCAGAGCCUGUACCUGUUCCUGGGCCUGUCAUGGGAGGGAGGGCUGUAGAAGGCCUCCACGGCCGCCAGCAGCCUCUCGCUGGGUGGCAUGGGGGGCGGGAGGCGGAUGUCUUUAGGGUCCAAGGGCUUGUACUCGUGGUCUUCCAGCUGUGGGGAGAGCACAGCUGUUGCCCCUGUCCACAAGCCCUCUUCAGGACACCCGGGGCGUGGCAGCAGUGGGACGGCAGCGGGGCGGGCCCAGGCCUCACGGGGCCUCAGCAGACUCCUCACCAGGCUGCCAGCAGCUCCUUCCUUGGGGCUGGCGAAAGCUACAGGGUUCUCACUCCAGAAAAGCCACUCAGAUGAUGCAGAACCCCUCGGUUUGUUCAGACGCUGGGACCCCAAGUGCCCCACUGUGGGCUGCUACCCUGGCUCCCAAUUCCUGCCCUGGGCCUUCGGCCAGCUCCUCCCACUCUGUCCAAGCCCUGCCCCCUCUGUCACCCCUUUACGCCCCAAGCCCAGCUCCUAGGAACUCUCCUAAAAAGCCACACAGCCCCCCACCCUGCAGCUGUGUGACGCAGUGCUGGCAGGGUCCCGCUUAGCUCCUGUUCUGCUGUGCUGGAGCCCCAGCGCCCCCAGCAGUCUGAACGGCUCCCAGCCUGCUUUACCCUGCUGCCCGCCUGCAGGGACAGCUCACAGUGGUCUUUCCUGAGAAAUGCCCCUGGCAUCAGUCCCUGGACAGGUUCUGAAGCCAUGGGGGGAGGGCCAAAGUCAGGGUGCUGAGGCCCGGCCCAGGGCGGGUGCUCGCUGAUCCCAGGAUGAGGCAUGCGGUGGCCAGGGUGGUGGUGAGGGGGUCCCAUCUCGUUCCAGAGGAAGGAGGACCCACACCUCACACACAGCAAAGCUCCCUGGCUGAGGGAGGGCAGGCAGGCAGUGGACACGGCCUUGCCUGAGAGUGGGCACCCUCGUGCUGGUCCUGGUUCCACGGAUGGUCAGGCAGGAGUGGGAGCGAGAAGAGGGCGGCCGGGAGGUGGUGCCUAGCAGCCUCCUGGGAACCGUGCUCCAGGUGCUCGAAUUUCAGGCACAGGGGCCCACACAGCAGGUGCCGCCGCCUCAUGCAGCCCAGGGCUCCCAUGGUGGCCUUACCUUCACGAGGGGGGCCAUCAACCCAGCAGGGAGAUCAAAAUAGGGCACGUUGGGGACCAGGCUGGGGUCAUCAUGGUUGAUAUGGGGAGGGCCCUGUCUUCGCAUGUGGGGGGGCUGCCCAUUAAAGCCAUGGGGGGGAGGGCCAAAGUCAGGGUGCUGAGGCCCGGCCCAGGGCGGGUGCUCGUUGAUCCCAGGAUGAGGCAUGCGGUGGCCAGGGUGGUGGUGAGGGGGUCCCAUCUCUGCAAAGAAGAAACUAUGCAUCAGGACUUACUGGUGGCUGGGCGGCACCAGCAAGCCAGGACCUCCCAGGUAAGGGGCAAGGAGGGCCCAGCCGAGGGCAGGGAACACCAAGGCAACGAAACCUGGAGGCAGCAAUGUCCUGGGGUGAGCUGAGCCUUAGCCGCCAGUAUUUUGAAUAUGUGAAGUCUUAACCCCAGACCUAACCCAGAAGGCGGCUGUACUUAGAGGCAGGGCCUUUCCAGAGGCUUAGGUUAAAACGACGUCUUUAGGGGGGACGCUAACCAACAGGACUGGUGUCCUUAUCAGAAGAGGUCGUCAGGACACAAACCCUCACAGAGGGGAAGAUGCCAUUUACAAGCCCAGGAGCGGCCUCAGGAGAAACCAGCCCUGCUGACACUGUGAUCUCAGACCGCUGGUCCCCUAAGCUGUGGGACAGUCAAGGCCUGUUAUUCCAGCUGCUCAGCCUGGGGUGGGUACCGUUAGAGCAGCCAUGGAAACUAACAUGAGUGACAAAGGUGGGGAGCAGCCCCACAGAUAAACAGUCACAAAUGGACGUACAACAAUGGAAGUGAGAGUAGAAAUGAGUUUUUUAGAAAGUACAUGAAUGCAACUAAAGGUUCUUUAAAUAAAAAAGGACUCUGCCCUAAAGUUGGGAGAAACCUUCCUCAAGAGCAAACUGCAGCGACUCCGUCAGAGCAGGGUUCAGGGUUCAGACCUCUAACGGCCUGGCAUGUGGCAGGCACUCAAGUCAAGGUGGGGAGGUCGGGAGUAAAUCGGCCUCCAUGCUUCUCCUGCCUCCCUGGGGCCCAGGCUCGGGGGCAGGCCAGGGAUGUGUUCCCCAGGGUGGCCUCACACUUACCGGCUGGGAAGUCCCCCUGCGGGUAAUCGAAGCGGUGUGGAUAGGGUGGCCGCUCAAAGGGAUGGCGCGGGGGGAAGUCGUCUUGCAUGAAGCGGGGCGGGAAGCGAUUGAAGUUGUGGGGGUGUGGCGGCUGGUUGAACUGUGGGUGCUGCUGGUGGGGCGGGAAGGGCCCACGGAAGUGGGGUGGCCGCUGCAUGCGGAAGGGUGGCUCGCGCUGGCCCCCACCCCAGGGCGGCUGCUCAUGCUGACUGUUCCAGGGACCCUCAAACUGGCUGUUCCAGUUGGGGUCGGGCUGGCUGUUCCAGGGUGCGUCACGCUGGCCGUUCCAGCCGGGGUCCCCACGCUGCUCGCCCCACAUGCCCUCGUGGCUGUUGUUCCAGGGUGGGCAGUGGGGUGGCCCGCCCUGGUGGUGGGGGUAGGGGGGCUGCUCCGGAGGCUGCAAAGCAAGGCACAGACAUGAGCCUCCCUCGGGGUCAGCUCCAAACCGACGCUCAGCAGACGCUGGCGGCACGGGGCCUCCUCUGGUGGCGCCUCGGCCUGGUGGCAGGUCCUCUGCAUCCCUGGCAGGCACUGCCCCAGACCCCAACCUCCACACCUGCCACCUGCAAUCUCAUUCCCAGGGCUUCUGGCCACCAAGGACCACUGUGCCCACAGGCAAGACCACCAUCCCCUCCCUGCCACUGCCUUGAUGGCACCAGCUCCCUCAUGCCUGGGCGGGGAGGGGGGCAGUGCUUUUUCAGAGUGCACCAGCGUGGCGGGAUCCAGGGGUCCACACGAUAGGAGGCACCCAAGGACACCCCUUCCCCGGUUCACUCUCUGCUGUCCUCCAAGGCCAUCACCUGGGGCAGCUGCCGAUACACCUGCCCUCACACCUGUGUGCCAGGAUCUGCUUCUGGGGCCCUGUGCUGACACAGCAGCCUCCUGUGGACGAAGGCAAGGGCCUCCAGACCUGCACCCCCUAGUGGUGCUUUGUCGGCGACCUAAAGCCAGGAUCACAAGCUCUGAUGGGGGGCUGGGGUGGAGAUGUGCACAGAUGAGGCUGGCCAGGCUGCCAACCCCCCAAUCUUUCAAGAGAAGGCAGAAAACCAGAUUUCUUAAAAACAAUAGCAAGAACAUCAAUGACAACAAAAGAAAUAGCAGGAACUAUUUCAAAAUGUGUAAGACACCAUGUGGGCUGAUCAAGCCUAUCUUGAUUUCUUUGUUUCUUCCAGCACCAGGGAUUGAACUCAGGGGCACUUUACCACUGAGCCACAACCCCAAUCCUUUUUAUUUUUUACUUUUGUGAGAGGGUCUCACUAAGUUGCUUAGGGCCUCCCUAAGAUGCUGAGGCUGGCCUUGAACUUGCAAUCCUCCUGCCUCAGCUUCUGAGUUGCUGGGAUUUCAGGCCUGUUGCCACCGGGCCUGGCACCAACCUUGAUCUCUGACUGGAUGAACUUGAGCACGGCUGGUCAAGGGCGAGCCUCAGUGAGCCUGGAGUUCUAGCCCAGACCCAGCUUGGAGGUAGUAAGGGCUCUUUCUCCAUCUACAGAAUGCAGGGAGAGCUGCUCCCUCCUCAGACGGCGCCCCCAAAGCUCCCACCACCACAGGGCUCACGACACUCAGAGGAGGGAGCAGUCUAUGAGCACGUCCUACUUUCUGUGAAGUUAAAUCUCCUGUCCUGAAGCUGAUGGGUGGGGGCUCAGGCCACGCUCUACUGAGGAAAAAAGCAGAUGUGCAGAAAAGGCCUAGGCUGUGUUCAAAUGCUCCGUCUAGCUGGAUCCAUCGAGAUGCAGGUGUCUCCUGGUCAUGCCACGCCAGUAACCUUGCCCUGGCCCAGAGGUUCCCAGCCCCAAGGAAUCUGUUAGCCCCAGGAAACAACCGACAACCUCCUGCAGUCUGAGGCUGACUUUCCCUUUCCUUAGGAAACCACCUUGUUCCUUUCAGGAUGCGAAAUGCUGACACUCUGUGAGUCAAGCCAGUUCGGGUGGGAAGAGUGGCAGUGACUGAGCAUGGGGUACUGCAGCCCCAGCGCUCCGAGGAGAGCUACAUUAUGGAGAGAUCCAGAUGGUGAUGGUGCCAGGGAAGACACCUCGCCAGGGCUGAGCCAGGGUCUUACUCCAGUUCCCCAGAGCCACUGACUGCCCACCAACCAGCAGGGGAGGCUGUCCCUCUGCCUGCCAUCCCCAAGUGUCUACCCUGCCCCCACAAGUUUUAUGAAAUACCUGCUGCUGGCCCCAAGGAGCGACGGGGUGGGGCUGAUCAAACCAAGGGGGCUUGUUGGGCGGGAUCUGGUCAUGGGGCCCAGGGCCCCGGGGGCCGGCAGCGGCAGGAUCCUGGACCCCUCCUGUGGUGUCGUACUCGGAAGAGCCGGGCAUUUGGAUGGGAGGUUUGUUGUCUUCUAAAGCCAGGCAAGAAGCAUCAGAGAGAAGGCCCUGGUCAGUGGGAUGCUGCCAGAUUGGACCCCUACACCCACUGAGAGCCACCCCCGGGUGGGGCUGAUUUCCACAUCAAUUCUUGCUUUAUGAUCCCACUGGAAACCAUGACCCCCACCCUCUUCCAGGAGGGGAACGGGAGAGGGGCAUGCUGACCUCCCACAUGACAGGUACCUAUCUUUUCUAGGACAAAUGUAUCUUACUGUUUCAGCUACCCUGAUUUUAACUUUCUGAAGAAUUUCUAUCAUCAUUGACUUUUUAUUAAAUUUCCGUGUCUAG